CGAGAUUUCUCCCUCUUUUUCGCUGCCCAAAUAAUCGUGGCCUUCUCAGAUUUGUGGUUGCACCCACCGUUCUUCUUCACCUGCUCCAUUUUCGAGACGAACAAACAAAAGCAUUCAACCAGUGGAUUCUCUUAAUUAUCACUAUUUUAAAUCCGUUUUUCUUUUCCCUGAGGAAGUUUUCUCUUUCGGUUUCUUCAUCCCUCUACUUGCUUCUGGUUAUCGUGCUGCACAUUGUGCUCCAUUGCUAAUUGAUAUGUUUCGUUCAAAAAAACAUUCUCAAAACAACGAUUCUACACAAGAAGAAGGGAAGAUCAAUGAACUUAGAGCUGCCCUAGGGCCUCUGUCUAGUCGAAGCUCAAAGUAUUGCACCGAUGCAUGUCUGAGGAGAUACUUGAUAGCUCGAAACUGGAACGUUGAGAAGUCUAGAAAAAUGCUUGAAGAGACGCUCAAAUGGAGGGCAGCUUACAAGCCCGAAGAAAUCGGUUGGGAUGAAGUAGCAUUUGAAGGCGAAACUGGGAAAGUGUCGAGAGCAAAUUUUUACGAUCGACAUGGAAGAUCUGUGCUCAUAAUGAGACCAGGAAUGCAGAACACAACUCCAUCAGAAGCCAGUGUGCGGCAUUUGGUCUAUCUUUUAGAGAAUGCGAUUAUGAACCUUGGUGAGGGUCAGGAACAAAUGUGUUGGUUAAUAGAUUUCACCGGAUUUACAAUGAAAACCAAUGUCUCUGUCAAAAUAGCCGCAGAUAUUAUCAAUGUCCUUCAGAACCAUUACCCCGAGAGACUUGCCUUUGCUUUCCUCUACAAUCCCCCCAAGUUUUUUCAAGCCUUCUGGAAGGCUAUAAAGUACUUCUUGGAUCCAAAGACAUUUCAAAAGGUAAAGUUUGUAAAUCCGAAAGACAAAGGAAGUGUGGAGCUGAUGAAAUCACACUUCGACAUGGAAAAUCUUCCCAGUGUGUUUGGAGGUAAAGCCACACUCGAAUAUGAUCAUCAGCAGUUCUCCCAGAUGAUGGGCCAAGACGAGCUUAAAGCUGCCCAAUUCUGGGGCUUUGAUGAGAAGGCCCAACACAGUGUUAAUGGGCCUUCCUCUGGCCCAGAAGUUGGACCUGAGCCCGUUACGUCAACUAACUGACUAACUAACUAACUGGUAUGUCUCUCACGCCUCUCCCCAUUUUACAGCCCAUUUUGAAAGUUAAAUCAUAAUCAACUUCUCUUUAAUGCAAAGGAGAUGAUGUUUGCUCAUAUCCAUAAGUAAUUAGUCUCUGCCAACCAACCAUGAGAGACUAUUGUUAUAUUAUAUUGUGUUAACUUACACAGUAGAAUUAUCAAGAGAGCCCAAUAAUGUUUUCUAAAAAAAAAAGAAUAAAUACAUGGAGGGAUACCUUUUGUUGAUUUCUCUCUUGUAUCUGUCUCUCUUUAGAAUAGAAGAAAAUUACUAUAAUUUGUUUACUUUGUUGCAUAUUUUUUUCCAUGUAUCAUUUAUAGUAAACUUAGAGAGACCCAUGCCUUUAAGUUUAGGCUUCGAAUUACAGCCAAUUUCAUAUAUCAUAAAUUCCUUUUCUGGCCUAA